ACAGCCCAGGGAUUUCUCAUAAACCCACACUAGAGAGUGGGGGAGGAAAGUGACAUUGGCAUAGUGAGGAAAAAAUAAAAUUUGUGUGCCUGAGAAUCAGUCAGCCCUGAGCCUGGCCCCUUACUUUGCCAUUUGCUAGCUGUGUGAACUGGGGUAAGUUAUUUUACCUCUCUGCACCUGUCUCUUCAGCUGCAAGGUGCGUGACUGAUAAAACUAUUCAAUGGCACCCACGGCAAGGCCCAGCCAUUUGACAAUGAUUGGGGGCAGCAGUUGUCUCCUUCCCGGCCCCCUUUCCCCAGUUAUCCUGCGGGACCGAGGGCUUCCUGCCCCCAACCAGCACGAGACUGGGCUGAGCACAAAUGGGUGGGGUGAGAAUUAAGAUUCCAAGAUCUGCAAACUCCAAAAUUAAUCUCUUUAUUUAAAAAGUAUAGACCACAAAUCCAGGACAUCGUUUCCAGAAAUCCUUGUGGGUAAAUCCAUGAGACAACAGGACCAAGGCCAACCCACAGUGGGCUGAGAGGAGAGCAAACAGCCUUAUCUGGAGGUGUGGGGCCCCCAACUAUAAGAAAGGAGGCCACUUGUCCCUUCAGCUCUGUUCCUCACUCAAGAUGAAAGUCCUUGUGCUCGCUGCUCUGCUCACAGUGGGCACUGCUGAGCACAGGAUCAGCCCCCGGGCUCUGUGGCAGUUCCGCAACAUGAUCAAGUGCGUGAUCCCGGGUAGUAAACCCUACCUGGACUACAACAACUAUGGCUGCUUCUGUGGCUUGGGGGGCUCAGGCACCCCUGUGGACGACCUGGACAGGUGCUGUCAGACUCACGACCAGUGCUACUCCAAGGCCAAGAAGAUGGAGAGCUGCAAAUUCCUCAUCGACAACCCUUACACCAACACCUACUCCUACUCGUGCUCUGGCACCACGAUCACCUGCAGCAGCAAAAACAAGGAGUGCGAUGCCUUUAUCUGCAACUGUGACAGAGAAGCUGCCAUCUGCUUCUCCAAGGUUCCAUACAACAGUGAGCACAAGAACCUAGACAAAAACAAAUACUGUUAGCACGAAGUGUUCCCUCUGAAAAACUCCCCUCUACCUGCCUAAUGGCCUGCACUUUACACAGUGCCCUCUAAUAAAGCACCUUGUUG